GCGACUCCACCAUGAUCAGUUAACAUAUCGUGUUCAUCAGACUUAUUUAGCUCUUGAUAGUGGCAAAGAGGUGAGACUAAUGUUUUUGGAUAUAAGUAAAGAUUGAUAUGUAAACUUGAAUCACUAGGUGUUUGUAAGCCCUUAUUGAACUGGUUAAGAAGUUACUUGGGUAAUAGGAAACAACAAGUAGUUUUAGAGGGUAGUUCAUCAGGUUGGAAGAGCAUUGACUCUGUUGUUCUGCAGGGGUCAGUGCUUGGUCCAUUACUUUUUCUUAUUUACAUUAAUGAUUUUACUGAUAAUCUCUCUACUUUGCCGUUCAUCUAUGUGGAUGAUUCAACACUUAUGGAAAUCGUCAAUGAUCUGUUACUUUCUGCGCGCCGACUGAAUGAGGAUUUGGAGAAAAUCUCCACAUGGUCAAGCAGGUGGCUUGUUACCAUGAACCCAUCUAAAUGUAGGAGCAUGGUUAUUUCGUGGAAAAAGAUAAAGCCUUACCACCGGUGCACCUCUUGUAUUUGAAAGUUAGAAUUUUUUACAAGUUGAAAGCCACUGUCACGUAGGGUCUCACAUUGCAGUCUGCAAUGUCUUGGAAAACACAUAUUUUGGUAUUUAUGACAAAGCGAGUAAACGACCAAGUGUUUUGAAAUCCUUAAUGUUUAAAAUUAAUCAUAUCUUUAAUAUCUUUGUAUAAAAGUUUAAUUAGACCAAUAAUGGAAUAUGCCGAUGUAAGGGAGUGGUCAUUAUUUAUGGCGGGGGUGGCACCGAAGAGAAACGGGUUGGGUAAACAAAACUUUGAGUGAGUGAAAGGUUGGGUAAAUGAAAAACAAAACAACUCAAGGGUUGGGUAAUAAAAAAUUAUUGUCAUUUCCAAAGCAUGACCCUGAAAUAUUGGAGACUGAAAACUGAAAAGCAAUGUCAACAGUCAUUUGUCAAUACAAUAUGUGAAUCAAUCAGAGUCACUAUCUUGAUCAUUUUGACAAAACAAAUUGUGUUUCCAAAGAAAGUACAUGUGCAGACAACAUGAAACUUUCGACUGCAGAAAAUUUCACAAGCCGUUAUCAAACUCAUGUCACUACGACAACUGAAUGGUAUCCUUUUGUUAAGUUUUUGGCCAGGGGUGGGUAGUUAUUUUUAAUUGAUAUUUGAGGUUGGAUAAUCAAAUUUUUGUCUUUUUAAUGGUUGGGUCAGCAAACUUUUUGACACAGAAAACAUUUCUCUUCAGUGCCACCCCCACCAUAAAUAAUGACCGCUCCCUAAUUUGGGACAAUUGCAGCGAAAGGGGAAACUAAGAUGCUAGAGAGUGUUCAAUAUGAAUCUGCUAGAGUUAUUACUGGUGCUAUUAAAGGCACAAGUGCUAGGUUGUCGAGGAAUGAGCUUGCAUUGGAGGAACUUAGUAUGAGGCGACAGUUCAUAAACUAGUACUUUUUUAUAAGACUGCUAACAUGCUUACUCCCAUGUACUUAACAGAAUCUUAUCUAUAUGAAAUUUAAUUGGCUACUGCAUGUGCAAUCGUCGUUUGCAUAAUACAACGCACUGAUUAAAUCCCCACGAUGCUGCACUGCAGAUUUUCAUUGGUGUUCUGCACAUUUCUAAUUGGACUUUAUUUCGUUGACUUUCUCACCAUAUGCGGCUCAACUCAAGCUCAAUUAAAUUAUAUUUUCUCCGAAUGCAAUGAUUGUUGUCAUGAAUAUGCCCAGAAAUCUUUGACUAAUAUCAAAUUCAAAUGGCGUAAAAAACUUCUGGCUUCAAGAUUUCAGUACUACCCUAAUUCUGAUGCUUCUUUUAAUGUAGAACGUAAUCCAGGUCCAUCAAACGGAAGUCUAGUUCUAUAACACCAUCUAAACAACAUGAAUCGCUUACGUUUAUUAUGCAAAAUGUACAUAGUCUAAAUUCAUUACAACUUGAUAAUUUAACCAACUGUCGUGAAAAUAAAUUGUCAUGUUUUCAAGAUAUUGUAUUGUUAAACCAAUUCAAUGUCAUCGCUCUCACAGAGACCUGGUUGAAUAAUUCCAUAACUGAUUACGAAGUUAUUCCAAACGGGUAUCAAAUAUUUCGUAAAGACCGUUCAACUGGCAAGCGUGGAGGUGGUGUGUUUCUAGAGGUGAAGGAUUCUUUAAGUACAGAGCCUUUCAUUUUUAAUUGUGAAUCGAUGGAAUUGACAAGCGUUGUAAUUAAAUCUCUUUCCAAACGUGUUCUUAUUGCUGUGUGUUUUUGACCAUCUAAUGCUGAUAGUGACUUCUUUCACAACUUAAACAGUUUUAUAGAGUUUGCUAUUAAAUCUAAUCUAAACGACCUUAUUUUGCUUGGUGAUUUCAACUUUCCAACUAUCCAGUGGAUAAAUGGUUCAGGAUUUCCUGUUACGUUGUGUGAGACUAGUUUUACUGAUUCAUUGCAAGAUCAUGGUUUUUUAAAACUUGUAACUUCACCAACUUGUGGCUCAAACAUUCUCGAUCUGGUCCUAACAACCAACGAGUAUCUUGUGGAAAACAUUGAGACCACAGAUGAUGAAGCUGUUUCCCUCAAAUCUGAUCACAAAUCGAUUGUGUUUGAUGUUUUACUCAAUCACAAGCCCAAAAUUCCCAGUGAAGAGAAAAAUCUACAACAAGGGUGAUUUUGUAACUCUCAGUGAGAAUGAUAUUGACAUCGCAUGGUCCAAAUGGAAGGAUGCUUUCCUUGCUGCUGUUGAUAUAUAUAUUCCGAGCAGGCAAACUUCACGAACCUACACACACCCUUAUUUUACAAGAGAAAUUAUCCAUAUACUCCAUCAGAAAGAAUCUAUAAGAAAACAAGCAAGAAAGUCCAAUUUGGCAUUGCUAUGGGAAAAAUUUCAUGAACUACGAAGGUCAGCUAAAUGCAUGAUCAAAACCAAAAAGCGUGAUUAUAUAAGGAACCUUGCUAAUAUGAUAAAAUUUAAUCCUAAACAAUUUUGGAAAUUUUUCAAAUCAAAAUCAAAUAAAUCAACAUUACCUGAUACCAUGACCCUAGCUGACUCGUCCCCAAAACCCAUGUUUCCCUCCAUCCAACACUGUCCCUGUAACUCCAACUGAGUUUUCUGAUGUUUCGGUUGAAGAAGUUUGUCGUCUGCUAAAUAAUCUAUCCACAUCGAAAGCUACGGGUCCAGAUGGGAUUUCGGCAAGAUUAUUAAAGGAGUGUUUGGAAGUCCUUGCUGCGUCUCUUACCGCAUUAUUUAAUAAAUCCAUUGCUAUCGGCAAGGUUCCUGCAGAUCGGAAGUAUGCAAACAUUGUUCCCAUUACCAAAAACAACAAAACUUAUAUUGUCUGUAAUUACCGUCCAAUUUCAUUAUUAUCUCUCGUGUCUAAAGCUCUUGAGCAUGUGCUCUAUAACAGAGUCUUAUAUAUUGUCAAACCUCUUCUUCAUGACCAACAACACAGCUUUCGUUCGCCAAAAUCUUGUAUUACUCAGCUUCUUGACGUUGUUUACAACAUUGGCAAGGUUUUAGAUUGUGGUAAAGAAAUGGACAUGAUCUAUUUAGAUUUCUCCAAAGCUUUCGAUUCAGUACCUCACGAUAAACUUAUUUUUAAACUCUCCCAAUUUGGUAUUACUGGGCCGCUCUUAGACUGGUUUUCUGACUAUCUGUCUGGAUGUAAACAGCGCCUGGUAGUUGAUGGUUUCUCGUCAAGUUACCUCGAUGUAACAUCUGGUGUUCCUCAAGGCAGUAUUGUUGGCCCAUUGCUUUUCUUGAUCUAUGUUAACGACCUUCCUGACGCAGCAAAACACAGCAAAGUACCAAUGUUUGCCAACGACAGUAAAUGCUAUGUUCUGGAAUAAGAUUUUCGCGGAAACGUUGUAUUGAGUCUCCAGAUUACUUUUUAUGCUCCAGUCAGAUCCCUUUCAAUCAACUCAAAAGGAUCUUGGUAUACUUAUUACGAAUAACCUAAGAUGGUCGCCUCAUAUUUCCAACAUUGUUUCCAAAGCAAACCGCAUGCUUGGAUUUCUACAACGUAACUGCACAUAUUUAACUGAUAUAAAUUGUCGACGCUCUCUCUAUUUGACACUUGUUUGUACACACCUGUGUUAUGGCAGUGAAAUUUGGGCACCCCAAACAACAUCUAGGGACCUUCUUUGUCUUGAAAGUGUCCAAAGACGAGUGACCAAGUAUAUCCUUCAAGACUUCACCUCAUCUUACACCAACCGUUUAAAGAAACUUAACCUACUGCCUAUUUGAAAUAAAAGAUAUUACUUUUUUUAUAAAUGCAAAGCUGUUUAUUAUGACUUAACACUUGAAGACUAUAUUCUAGACAAUUCUACUAAUCAUCACACUCGCUUUAGCUCUACUGAUUCAUACCGACCAAACCGUUGCAGAAUAUCUUCUUCCCGAAACCUAUUUUUCAAUAGGAUAGUGCCACUAUGGAACAGGCUGCCAGGAGAAAUAAAAUCCUCUCUCUAUUCAGUCACUGAAACUUAAACUCUUUAAUCACUACACUCAAAAAGUUAAUACAUGUUUUGAUGUUAAUAGGCCAAUGACUUGGAAAACGUUUUGCUCUAAAUGUCAUUCUUGUUUUAUGCCUUGUUGUUCGUAGAAGUGCAUGUUCUGAGUUUUUGUACGAAUGUAAUUAUGUAUAAUACCGUAAAUAAUGUAACUAGCUAUGUAUUUUGUUAAUUUUAUAACCGUUUAUAGUAUAGUAUAGCAUAGUAUAGCGUUAUUUUAUGUAUGGCAGGACUUAAUUUGGGACUUCAUUAGUCCUGUUGUCUGUGCCUUCAAUUUCUUAUCGUAAAACUAAUAAAAACAUUUUAAAAAAAGAGAGAUAUCACAAUUUUCUUUGAGAUCUGAUGGCAACUUUUCACUUUUACGUUGUAGAACUGUUCUAUGAACUAGAUACUAUGAAUCUUUUGUUCUAUCUACUAUUAAACUUUGGAAUGAUCUGUUUUUAGAUAUUCGUAACUCACAAUCAAUUUUAAUAUUUAAAGCAAAGUUACGAUCUCAUUUUUCAGCAAUUUGUGUCAGGGAAACAUUCAAAAUUUGAGAAAAAAAUGAAAUGUUAGCACGAGUAUUACACGACUACAAGCGUUUUGAAUAGCUUCAACUAAACAUGACUACAAUAUAUGCCAUCUUAUUAGUAUUCUUUAUAUAAAGAAUACUAAUUAGGAUGGACUUUUAGAUAAAUAAUACUAAUGAAGAUAAGUUUUAUCGGGUAUAAAUCUCUUCACGUGACAUAUGAUGGUUGACAUGAUUUGCCAAUAAGCUGAGAUGAAUUAUUAAUGAGUGUUUGAAUGAUAUAUAUUAAUAUGUUUUUAUUUAAAUUUUUAACGAAAGAUCUUAGAAUUUAAUUGUCAUUCUUUUCUGAUCUGUUUCUAGUUAAACCUAAUUGUUAUGUCUGCAAUACUGGUAAUGAAGGGGGUGCGCAUAAGUGUUGCGAAUGUAACAAUAAUGUGCAUGUUUUCUGUGGUACUGCAGUAAGCAAUUCUGAUGAAGGAUAUGGCCAACCAGUGAUAUGCUUUAAGUUACACCCAGUGAAGGUAAGAGUUUUUGUGAUAUCUACAGUUGUGUCAGAACUGGAGAUUUUUUCAAUUUCCAUAUUUGGUAAGCAGCAAACGAGUCUAUUGACAGUAUUGUCACAACAUUUAACACAAAGCUUUGAAUUCUCUUUCAGCAUCUACUAGUCCUAUACCAAAAAAUACUGAAGAUAGCACCAAUCUCAAUCAAUCAAUGCCAAAAGUUACUCAAAUUUCAGGUAUGCUGUAAAACUGUUAUUACUAAAUAUACAGAUUCAAAUUCCGUUUUUUCCCUUCUAUCAGUUUACCAUAACUAGCAUUUGACAAAUAGUAAAUUAAACCUUUAGUUAGAUCUAUGCCUCUGACGUAUUGGGUUUGUUACUUCCAGCGUUUGACGUUCUAAAAGCUUGUACUGGAAGAACAAUUUCAAACAUGCCAUCGAAAAGACAAGAAAGUGGACACAAGAAUACUUUUACAGCGAUUUUUGUUACUUGCUACAAUGUGAAAAGAAGAUGUACACUUGGUCAUUUUAACAAAUCUACUAUUGAACGUCACCAGAAAAAUGUACACCAACAUGGAGAACAACUUGACGUAAUAUCAGUUGAAGAUCCCAGGGCUGUUUCUAUUCUGAAAGAAUUAAAAUCAGCGUCCAUAAAAAAGUAAGCGUUCAGAAAUGAAUUCUAAUUUAUCUAAGAACCAUUAAUUUAUCUAAAGCUGUCACUUGUUGACAGUGCUAUUCGAUUUUUCAUUAAAAUUUUCCUUAAACAAUGUUGCAUCCUUGUAGGUCUGCUAGCGCGCCUGAAUCAAAGAAGCGACAACAUCCCGAUAACACCAUCAGUUGUUCAACUCAAUCAAAACGUCCUUGCCUUGAUUAUCCAUCGGCAUCGUCGUCGUCCACUUUGCUCGAAAAGCCAACUCAUACCUCCGACAUAAUAACAAGUGAAACCGAGUCAGAAGAUGCCAACAACAAUUUUGAAGUCACUGUUAAAAGCAAACAGUGCACUGGUUUGUGAAGAUAAAGCUAAAACUUCAAAAGUGCACACCAAAGGCAAAGAUGAAGAGAUUGUCAACUUGACCAGUGAUAAUGCAGGAAGCACUACUCAUCAAUCAUCCCUAGAUUCAUUUAUCAAAUUGAAACAAAAAGAGGCGGGAACUGCACAUACCAGAAUAGAUGAACUAAUUAAGAAAGUUGACAAAGUUCUAACGUUAGUUUCUGCUGGAGGAUAUUCAAGACAACCAAGUUCUAAAGCGACGACUGACACAACCUUGCCUUCCAAUGAUGAGCUCCCAGGGAAUGAAGCUUCAAACCUACCUGAAUUUCUCUCUGCUAUACGAACGAGUUGUCUCUUUCCGUCCUUGACGACGCAACCGAGACACAUGGAUUUUACGAUGUACAGCAUGUUACUGAAUAUUUCAAUGCCCCAAGAGUUCAACAAAAGAAAGUUCAGGGUGAGUGCCUUCCAUCCGGUUCUUCAAAGGGAUCUCUCUUCUUUGGCCUUCAUCUCUAAAGCGAGGACUAUGCCGCUUACACAGCUGGGAAAAUUAACAAGUGGUAUCAGUUCAAUUAAAUGCUGAUGGAGCAUAUUAGUGGAAAGGAAAGUAAAACCCAUCGACAUGCUGUCCAAUAUCACCAUUUGCAAAAAUCUGCCAGAAACAGAGAAACUUUAGUGGUUAAAAACCAGUUGCGAGCUGCCAUGGCAGUUGUGAAGACCAACUCCGCCGCUCGACACUAUGAAACCAACAUAGCCCAGUUGUAUGCUGGAGGAUGCAAUAUAGGAGACUAUGGGCACUCACAUCACAUGUUUGUGCCCAUGCUAAGGGCUGACUGCACAUAUGUAGACAAAGAAGUGUCCAAAUUCAUGUCGACUUCUCUGCCUAACACCGGACUGCCUCCCCAUUUUUAUGUCACUGGCGAUAAAUCAACAAACCAUAGAAUGACAAACCAAGUGACACUUAUAUGAUGUCCUGUAGUAGAAGGACAGAGGCAAGCCAUUGCCCUUAAUGCCAGCAGAGUUUAUACCAAAUCCGACAGUUCUGGUGGUACUGGCCAAGAAUUAGCAUCAAAGCUAUUAAAUGAUGUACAGAAUCAUGCCAAAAUAACUGGUCGUGCAAUCUUGGCAAUGCAAAGUCACAGAUGGUCAGUAUUUGUGUGAAGGAUUUAUUGAUUCAAUGAACCAGCCAUUGUUCGACAAAAUUCCUUUGACGCUUCAGGAAGAACUUUGGUGGCCAUUGCAAUGGUGUCCUGGGCAUUGGCUCGAUAAUGUUGACGACAACCAAUUUGUCUCCCAUCUGUUAUUACGAACUAAUCUCUUUCACACAAUGUUCAAUCGUGGCAAGAUGCACACAGUAGCAAAAGAGACAGCUAAGGAACUUAAACUGCCAUUUAAGACAACGGUUUCAUUUGCAAAGCAAAGGUUUAUGAGCAGCAGCUACAAACAGUUCCUAAAGUUGGAGACAUCAAUCGAGGCUUACAUCAACGCCUUCAGAGAUCAUGAUAAUGAAGAGGUGAAAGAAUACAAACUUGCUGGUCAAGAUUUUGUAUUUGAUCUCCUUGGAGUCAUUGAUCUCUUGUGGCCUUUAGUGCUAAUAAUGCUUCGCGGUCAGAUGCUGUCAUGCCCUGGAUGGAAGAUUGCUACUUGGAUCCCCCAAGUGAAAGAUCAAAUAUGGUUGCCACCCAAGUUUCAAGAGAAAUACCAUCAUUGUCAGCUUCUCGUUUGCACAAGCAUGCUGCAGACAUUGCCAAGUUUAAGUACAACAGCAUUGAAUUGGUGA